AUGUUGCAGCUAAAGUACUUGACAUGUCUCAUGUUGACAGUGUCUUUAUUUACUGGAGCAGAAAGUGCUAAUGUGUAUUAUACAUACCGUUGGUGCAGAUGCAUCUACAGCUCCCCUGAUCUCAGUGAUAUGUUGUAUAUUGAUAGCUAUUAUUUCAAUAAAUAUCUGUUCACACAGUUCAACAGUACUCUUGGGAGAUUUGUGGGGUUUAGUGAGUAUGGAAUAAGAAAUGCAGAGUACUGGAACAAUGGAACCUUUGUGGAGCAAGAGAGAAAUGACGUGGAGAGAGUCUGCAAACAUAAUGCUCAAAACAGGGACUCAGCUGUCAUUAGCAAAUCAGUGAAACCAAAGGUUAAGCUCAGCUCAGUGACACGGGCCGGUGGCAGACAUCCAGCUGUGCUGAUGUGCAGUGCAUAUGACUUCUAUCCUCCACACAUCAAAAUAUCCUGGCUGAGAGAUGGUAAAGCAGUGACCUCAGAUGUGACCUCCACUGAGGAGAUGGCUGAUGGUGACUGGUAUUACCAGAUCCACUCUGAGCUAGAGUACAGUCCGAAAUCUGGAGAAAAGAUCUCUUGUGCAGUGGAGCAUGCCAGCUCAACUAAGCCCAUCAUCUAUGACUGGGAUCCAUCUUUUUCCGAGUCUGAGAAAAACAAACUUGCCAUUGGAGCCUCUGGUCUUGUGCUGGGAAUCGUCUUAGCAGCUGCUGGGCUAAUUUACUACAAGAGGAAGUCAACAGGGAGGAUCCUGGUACCUCACUAG